AUGAUGUUUGAAAAAGCUCAAAUAGUAUUGAGUCGUCUGGAAGAAAUAUCUGACGUAAAUGUAAAAUAUCCUCGCAUUUUUUCUUGUUUUUCUGGUGAAAAUGUAUAUGAGCGGUGGAAAAAAGAAUUAUCUCGUAAUUUAAUUGAGUUGUCUGAUGAAAUUGUAAAAUUACAAAAUACUGAAGUUUUGAAUACAAAAUUAUUGAUUGUAAGAGCAUUUAGUCGAUUAGAUGGCUUCUCGCAAGGUGAAAAGUACAUCAAUUUAGAUCGUCACUACCAAGAAAAAGUUUAUACACAAACUAGUGAAGUUUGUAAACAAGUAAUAGAUGCUAUUAAAAGUAAUGCGAAUGAACGUGUUUCUGUCGAAAUGAUGACAUUAUAUUCAUCAAAUGUUAGUAAACAUUUUUCAAAAGAAGUAAAAAGAGCACUUAAUAUUGGUUUAAGUAAUUUAAUUGAUGAAACAAAAAAUCAGGCAAUUAUGCUUGGAGAUAAUACAGAAUUACAACAAAUAAAAUCUAUAAUAAAAAAUUUAAAAAUAGUUCAAAUUGCUAAACAAUUUGUGUCACAAUACUUAGAUUCACAAAAUGAUGUGGAUGAUUGUGUAAAAGAAGUGAAAAAAAUAAUUUCUGAUCGUAUAAUUCGUUUUUCAGAAGAAGUCGAAGUAUUAAUUAUCAUCAAUAAUUUUUAUGAAACUGAUAAAAAAUUAUAUUCUGUAACUUUGAUAAGAACAUUUUUAGGAAGUUAUUGUACUAAAGAAGCUUUUGAUAAAAUUGAAGCAUACAACAACCAUCACACUCACACCACCAUUAAUAAUUACACCACCGUUAAUAAUAGUUUUGUUCGAGAAAAGUCUCUCCAUUGGACAGUCUCCAAACAAUUUGUAUAUCGUUGUGACUCGAGAGUUCAAUCAUCUUUGUUCAUGAUCAGUUAUGUGAAAUGA